AUGAGGGGAAUCACCUUUGCAUUGCUCAUCACUUUUGUGGGCUGCCAGAAAAAUGAUCUGGAGCCGGGUUUUAGUAAUGUCAAAACUUACCUGUACAACUAUGAAGGACUUAUUUUGAAUGGGCUGGAAAAAGAUAACUCAGCAAAGUCUGGCAUAAAACUGACAUGCCAAGUAAAGAUCAGCAGAGUGUCUGAGGAAAACCAUCUUCUUAAGGUGCUUUCUCCACAACUGGAAGAAUACAAUGGGAUCUGGCCUGGGAAUCCAUUCACCAAAGCAUCCAAAGUUACUGAAAGAAUUGAGCAAUGUUUUGCUCAAAUAUUUAAGUUUGAAUACAGAAGAGGUCGUGUUGGAAACAUUUAUGCCCCUAAAGAUGUCUCCAUUAUGUGUGUUAAUAUAAUAAAGGGCAUCCUGAACUUGCUACAGAUAACUAUAAAGGAAUCACUGAAUGUGUAUGAACUACAAGAGGUUGGUGUUGGGGGUACCUGCCUCACAAGGUACAUUAUCCAAGAUAAAAGGAAAGAUAAUAAAUUCACUGUUCUGAGAAGCAAAGAUCUCAACAACUGCACAAAUAAAAUUGUGAAAAAUAUUGGAAUGGCCUAUGUGAGGCCUUGUCCCACAUGCCCAGUGAAUAUCACAAACACAAGAGGGACUGUGGCAUUCAACUACAACCUGAAAUAUAUGAACUCUGGAGCCCUGAUUACGCAUGUUGAAUCCCAGCAAGUUUAUGAGAUCUCCCCAUUGCAUGAACUUAGUGGUACUGCUGUUAUGGAGGCAAGACAAAAUAUGACAUUGACUGAAACUAUCACUAACCAAGAGAGAAUGCCAGAGACCCUGAUGCAAAACCAUGGGAAUCUCUAUUACCAGUUUCAAGAAGACCUGCCCCAGAUGGCUUUGCAUCUGAUCAAAACUAAUAACCCUGAGCCGGGGAUUACAAAAAAGUUAGAUCAGCUAGUUCAGCAGAACCAGCUACAAAUCGAUGAAGAAACUCCAGUGAAGUUUUUGGAACUUAUUGAGCUUUCUCGAGCAGCAACUCAUGAAAAUCUGGAAUCUCUCUGGAAGCAGUUUGCGGACAGGCAGCUAUACAGGCAUUGGCUAUUGAAUGCAGUUGCUGUUGCAGGCACCUCGCACACAUUUUUGUUCCUGAAGCAAAGAAUUCACAAUGAGGACCUAAACCUCUUUGAGUCUGCUGUCACUCUCACUUUGGCCUUCCAUUUAACAAAAACAGACAAGCUUAUCUUAAAAGCUGCAGCAGAUCUAGUGACCAGCGAUGCUGUCCAAAAGUCCUCGGUGCUUCACAAACUUGCUUACCUGGCAUAUGGUUCCAUGAUAAACAGACACUGUUCUGCCUCUCCACGUUGCCCAGCUGAAAUUCUUCAGCCUCUCCAUGAUCUUGCUAUGGGGACUGAUAAAAGCCAUGAGGAUGACAUAGUGUUGGCUCUGAAAGCCAUAGGAAAUUCAGGACAACCAGCCAGCAUCAACUACAUCAAGAAGUUUCUCCCAGGGUCUUCGACUGGCACUGAUGUUCUGUCAGAAAUAGUCCAGAGGCAGACACUCUUUGCCUUGAGGAAAAUAUCAAGGAAAAGAGCUGCAACAGUACAAGAAAUAGUUUUUGAGAUCUUCAUGAAUCACACAGUCCCUGUUGAAGUCCGAAUGGUGGCCUGCAUUGUUUUCUUUGAAACCAAGCCUACUCUCCCUCUAGUGACUGCUAUGGCCCGUGUUGUGCAAAAGGAAAGCAACUUACAGGUUGCCACCUUUGCUUAUUCCCACAUGAAGGUACUGGCCAUGGGCAGGAUUCCACAGCUUGAAAAUCUAUCUGCUGCUUGCAAAAUUGCCAUUAAACUGCUCCAUCCCAGGCUAGAAAGGCUGAGCAUUCGUUACAGUAGAGUUCUUCACAUUGAUGGCUACAUGUCAGACUCUGGGGUUGGUGCACUUGGAAGAAUUUAUAUACUGAACAAGCCAAACACAUUGUUUCCAAACAUCAUUGCGAAGAUCAGAGGUUUCUAUGGUGCUUCAGCAAUGGAUAUUGUAGAGAUUGGUCUCCGACUGGAAAGCCUCUCUGAUGUGGUCAAAAGACAGAAUAUUCAAUUUGAACAAUAUUCGACAUACAAAAAAAUUAAGGAACUUGGGAAACUGCUUCAGGGAUGGAAGGAACUACCCUCAGAAAAGCUGCCAUUGGCAGCCUAUCUAAAGCUGUUUAGUCAUGAAAUCGCUUUUGCUGGUAUUGGUAAAGAAUUAGCCCAAAUGGCUGAGAAGGUAUGGCUGCUGCCCAAACCAAGAGAGCUGAUGACCACUCUGUUCCAAAAAGGUCUAGCAGGCAGAUGGGUUCAGCCUAUACUCGCAGGAGAAAUCCGACGCAUUGUGCCUACCUGUGUGGGCCUCCCAUUGGAAUUUGGAUUGUAUACCACUAGUGUGGUACAUGCAGCGGCCAAAGUAAGUGGGCAGAUAUCUCUUCCUUUGACUAAUGACUUCAGACCUGAACAAUUGCUUGAAUCCAGCAUGCAUCUUACUGCUGAGAUUAACCCAAGUGUAUAUACUCAUUUGGUAGGAGUGAUGGGAAUCAACACACCAUAUUUCCAGACUGGUCUUGAAUUCCAUGCUAACCUUCAUGCAAGCAUUCCAGUGAAUUUUGAUGCCAACAUAGACCUAAAAGAGGAAAGGUUUACAUUUGCAAUUACACCAGUACAACAGGAGACGGAGCUGCUGGCUAUGAGGAUUAAACUUUAUGCAGUUUCAAGAAAUGUGGAUGAACCAAACUCAAAUAAGAUGUUGCCAGUUCUACCUGAAGUGCCUGGAUUUAAUGUUUUAGAUCAGUGCUUUAAGUCAUCCAAACUAUAUGAUGUUGUGCAGCAAAGACAGCAAAGAACAAUGUUUGAUAUUACAUCAAGAAGGUUCACAUACAGGCUUGAAGAUAACCAUCCCCGUGCUGAAAGAGCAAUAUCAUACCCACCUGCCUUUUAUAUCAAAUUGCCAGCUUUAGGAUUUCAGACUUGUCUUACUAUGAAACAGUGUGACACAGGUUUCCCUGGAGAAACAUAUCUACAGAGAUUUUUGGGAAAAUGUGAAAUCAAACUAGCUAUGAAACCAGAUGCUCCUAAAAACAAAAUACAGCUGGAGAUCCAAGCUGGAUCUGAAACAGAUUCAGAAAUAAUCCAGUUGAAACACCGUGAAGAAUAUGAUGAAUCCUCUUCAGAGGAGGAGCAAAGGCGUAAAGUGAAGAAGAAGAAGAAGAAUAACAUGAAGAAGACUGAAGAAAAUGAACAGUUCUCAAAAUGCAGAGGGUUACCUAAAAUAAGGGGAAAGGACUGUCGUGACUACGAGAUUGGCGCGAAGAUUGCAUAUGGACAGUUUGCUGGUCCCGCCAUGCAAAUUAAGCUGGAAUGCCCAAAUACCUCCAAGAAUAGAAGAAGCUGCAAGAGAAUUCCAGGCACUGCUUUGCUCGGAUUCUCUGAAGUGGAACAGAAGAAUCCUUCAAAACAGACUUCUGUCAUUCUGGCUCUCACCUCUCCAAGAACCUGCAGUCUUGUUGUCAAACUACCUAAUGUUACAAUUUAUGACACAAACAUCGGGCUCCCUCUUCCACUUUAUGUAGGUCAACAUACAGGAGCCUUAGCAAAGCAAUCACAUGUCUGGAGUUUUAUCUCUGAUGUGCCACCCUCGGUCAUUGAAAAUCUGAAAGGUCAUUGUUCAGUAUCUCAAGAUAGUGUCACAACUUUCAAUGGCAUUAAUUUUAACUAUGCAAUGCCUGACAGCUGCUAUCAAGUCUUGGCCCAAGACUGUAGCUCAGAACUGAAGUUCCUGGUGAUGAGGAAAAAAGUAAAACAUUCUAACGAUUUGAACACCAUCCACAUCAGCCUUGCCAAUCUGGAAAUUGACAUGGUUCCUUCAAAUGGGAUAGUUAAACUAUGGAUUGAUGGUGCUGAAAUUUUGGCAGAGAAUCUCCCUUAUAUUUCCAGUUCUGCUGGGUAUAUCUUUAUCACCAGUGAGGAGAAUGGCUUGUUAUUAAAAGCCCCAGAAACUGGUAUUGAAAAGCUCCACUAUGAUGGAAACGUGCUAAAGAUUCAAGUACCUUUCUCAAUGAUUGGGAAAACCUGUGGAAUAUGUGGAAGAUAUGAUGCUGAAUAUGAAGAGGAAUAUAAGAUGCCCAGUGGAUAUGUAGCCGAAAAUGCAGUCAGCUUUGCUCAGUCAUGGAUGGUUCCACAAGAGUCCUGUGAUAUAGAGCCUGCUGCUGCUGUUCCAAUAUAACAAAUGUUGAAAUGCAGACCAGAAACUCAACAACACCAAAGGUGUAACUGAUCUUUGCACAACAUGUUUCUGUGAACAAGAACUCAAUGUGAAAGGCAGAGGACUAAAACCAGUGGUUUUAAGAGACAAAUACAUUUCUGCACAAUUCUGGGCAAAGGUGUGAAAAUAAUUCAAAUGGCAAAACAGUUUUCCAUUCAAAGACUUUCCCCUGUAACUAAAAUCAAUACUUUAUAAAGUCUGUAUGUCAACACACUGAAUAAAUUAUUACAU